GAUUCGCGUUCGGAUGGGGUGUGCGAGUGCCUUCGUGGUGGGGGUUUUGCAAGUGCAAUUUCCUGGAUAUUGGGUAGUCGGACAGUGCACAUAUUAAUACCGUGGGAUGGUGGGCGGGUGGGUGACCGCGUGCUGUGGGCGCCGCUAGCGGUCGCGGGUCGGCGGCGGGCCGGCCGCCAUGAGCGCGCCGCCGCUGCAGGAGGCCGGCGCCGGCCCCGAGGCGCGGCUGCGGCAGCUGGAACAGCUGGUGCUGGCCGGCGCCGGCCGCUCGGACGGCCUCAUGUUCAGCGCCGAGACGCUGCUCGACGUGCUCGUCGUCCUGUUCGACGAGUGCUCCAACUCGAGUCUCCGCCGAGAAAAGACCGUCUCCGACUUCAUCGAGUUCGCGCGGCCCGUCGUCCAGAGGGUCAAAUCGCUGCGGCUGUGUCGAGAUGCCUUCGAGAUUCUGAAGGUGAUUGGACGCGGGGCCUUCGGAGAGGUCUGCGUCGUCAAAAUGCGCUCCACAGAAAAGGUGUUUGCGAUGAAAAUUCUGAACAAGUGGGAGAUGCUGAAGCGGGUGGAGACGGCCUGCUUCCAGGAGGAGCGAGACGUGCUGGUGUACGGCGACCGGCGCUGGAUCACCGACCUGCACUACGCCUUCCAGGACGACAACAAUCUGUACCUGGUGAUGGACUACUACUGCGGCGGCGACCUGCUCACACUGCUGGCCAAGUUCGCCGACGGCAUCCCAGAGAGCAUGGCCAAGUUCUACAUCACCGAGAUGGUGCUGGCCAUCGACUCGAUCCACAAGCUGCGCUACGUGCACCGCGACAUCAAGCCGGACAACGUGCUGCUGGACGCCAACGGCCACAUCCGUCUGGCCGACUUCGGCUCCUGCCUGCGGCUCAGCGAGGACGGCACCGUACAGAGCAACGUGGCCGUGGGCACGCCCGACUACAUCAGUCCAGAGAUCCUCCGCGCGAUGGAGGACAACCAGGGCCGGUACGGGCCCGAGUGCGACUGGUGGUCGCUCGGCGUCUGCAUGUACGAGAUGUUGUACGCCGAGACGCCGUUCUACGCUGAGAGCCUGGUGGAGACGUACGGCAAGAUCAUGAACCACAGUAACUGCCUGGACUUUCCGUCCGACGUCGAGGUGUCUGACACGGCCAAGGACCUGCUGAAGCGACUCAUCUGCGCCAAGGAGUACCGGCUCGGCCAGAACGGUAUCGACGACUUCAAGAGCCACCCGUGGUUCGUCGAUAUCGACUGGGACACGAUCCGCGACUCGACGGCGCCCUACGUGCCAGAGGUGAGCUCGCCGUGCGACACCAGCAACUUCGACGUGGACGACCUGGACGUGCGCAGCUCGGAGACCCUGCCGCCCGUCACCAACGCCUUCUUCACGGCGCUGCACCUGCCCUUCGUCGGAUUCACCUUCACACAGGGCAGCCGGAUCAGUGACGAGGGCUGCCUCAUCUCGGCCCCCUCGUCGGCCGGCGCUGACGCCCUGGACGAGCUGAGCCGAGCGGCGUUCGAGCGGCGCAUUCACCGGCUGGAACAGGAGAACCGGGACCUCAGCCGACGGCUGGCAGACACCACGCGCACACUGCAGGCGCACGUGCACGGUCCGCUGGCCGAGGGCGCGCCGUCGGUGGACGUCCCCGACAGUGAGGAGCUGCAGACGCUCAAAGACCAGCUGCGCACCCUGCAGACGCACAAACACGAGCUGGAGCUGCAGCUGGCCGGGGAGCGCCAGCAGACGGCCGACGCCACACUGCUGCGCCAGGAGCUGGACUCGGCCGAGUCGGAGGCCUCCUCCCAGCGGCGCGAGCUGGAGCGCUCGCUCAAGGUGGCCGCCGCCGACCGGGACGGCCUGCGCCGCGAGCUGCAGGAGGCGCAGGAGAAGCUGCAGCUGCAGGGCAGGGAGCUGGCCGACGCGCUCUCCCAGCGCAAACUGGCCAUGUCAGAGUACGCCGAAGUCAGCGACAAGCUGUCGGAGCUGCGCGCCCAGAAGCAGAAGCUCUCCCGCCAGGUGCGCGAUAAGGAGGAGGAGGUGGAGACCUCGAUGCAGAAGCUGGACGCGCUGCGGCAGGACAUCCGGCGCGGCGAGAAGCUGCGCCGCGAGCUGGAGGCGCGCUGCGAACAGGCCGAGCAGGAGUCGGCGCGCGAGCGGCGCCAGCGGCAGCGCGCCGAGGAGACGGGCCGAGCCACGGCCGAGGAGCUGGAGCUGCUGCGGCAGCGCAGCUCGGGCCCGGCGCCGGCCGCCACCGACUCGAGCGCCGAGCUGCAGAGGCUGAAGGCGGAGCUGGAGCGGGCCGAGGUGGACUCGCGUGAGGCGCUGCUGCAGCACCAGAGCCGCACGGCCAAGGAGGUGGCGCGCCUCACCGAGCAGGUGUCCGAGUCGCGCGCCGAGCGGGACACGCUCCUCCAGGAGCUCUCCUCGCUGAAGGAGCGCCAGGAGCAGGUGCGUCACGACGCCGUCAGUGAGAAGGACGAGGCGCUGGCCGACCUGCGGCGCCGCCACGACCACGAGAAGCUCAUCCUGCAGGACGAGAACCAGAAGCUCAUCAUGGACAUCGAUCGGCUCUCGGAGACGCUGUCGCGACUGCAGGCCGAGAAACGCCAGCGGGACGACGAGCUGGACGAACUGCGGGCCAAGAAGGAGUCUGUCUCACAGUGGGAGUCGCAGAUCUCCGAGAUCAUCUCCUGGGUCGGCGAGGAGAAGGACGCGCGCGGCUACCUGCAGGCGCUCGCCUCCAAGAUGACCGAGGAGCUCGAGAUGCUCAAAGUGUCGGGCGGCUCGGCGCCGGCCACGGAGAAGAACUGGCGCAACCGGCGCUCCCAGAAGCUGGACAAGAUGGAGCUGCUGACGCUGCAGUCGUCGCUCCAGUCCGAGAUCCAGGCCAAACAGUCCAUCUCCGGAGAGCUGAGUCACUGCCGGGCCGAGCUCAUCGCGAGUCAAAAGGCGGUGGGCGAGUACCGGCAGACGGUGGACCAGCUCACCCUGGAGAACCGGCGGAAGGACGAGCAGCUGCGCGAGCUCCAGCAGCGACUGGCCACCGGAGAGGGAUUCCUGGACCGCUCGCCGUCGCAGAUGUCGUUCUUAGAUCAGUUCCUGAAGGAGCCGCCGCUGCGCCGAGCGGCCGGCGGCAGCGGCAGCGUGGCCAGCGAGGAGGCCGAGGCCGACGACAGCCGUGUGCCCAGCAUCGCCUCCUCAAAGUCCGAGUACAGCAUAGACCAGAGCGUAGCACCGGCCGUCCAGCCGCCGCAGCUGACGCCCAAGUACAAGUUCCACCAGUUCCGGGUGCGAACGUUCAGCUCACCGCUCAAGUGUAACCACUGCACCAGCCUGAUGGUGGGGCUGACGCGUCAGGGCGUGGUGUGCGAGGUGUGCGGCUUCUCCUGUCAUAUCGGCUGCAAGGAGAAGGUGCCGGCCAUCUGCCCGGUACCGGCCGACCAGACCAAGCGUCCGCUGGGCAUCGACCCGACGCGCGGCGUGGGCACUGCCUACGAGGGCUACGUCAAGGUGCCCAAGCCGGGCGGCGUCAAAAAGGGCUGGAUGAGGCAGUUUGUCGUGGUGUGUGACUUCAAACUGUUCCUCUACGAUAUAUCGCCCGAUAAGAGCGCGCUGCCGAGCGUCUUCGUGUCCCAGGUGCUGGAUAUGCGCGAUGAAAACUUUGAGGUCACACCCGUCAAGGACAACGAUGUGAUUCACGCCAACAAGCGCGACCUCGCCUGUAUAUUCCGGAUAACCACGUCUCUGAUGGACCCGCCCGGACUGCGCAACCACACGCUGAUGCUGGCCGAGACGGAGACGGAGAAGACCAAGUGGGUGGUGGCGCUGAACGAGCUGCACCGCAUCCUGCGCCGAAACAAGCUGCCCGAGCGGGCCGUGUUCCGCGCGCGCCAGCUGCUGGAGCCGGCGCUGACGCUCAUCAAGUCGGCCAUGUCGGCGGCCAUUAUCGACCCCGACCGGCUGGUGGUCGGCACCGACGAGGCGCUCUACUGCGUCGACCUCGACAGGGAGGAGAUUGCCCGCGUGGGCGACACCAAGAAGAUCUGGCAGGUGGAGUACCUGGGCGACGAGCAGCUGAUGGUGGUGCUGGCCGGCAAACAGCGCCAGCUGCGCCUGGUGCCCGUCCGCGCCCUGGACGCCGACGAGGUCGAGUGGACCAAGGUGUCUGACACCAAGGGCUGCAUCACGUUCGCCACGGGUCUGCUGAAGCCGGACGCGGGCCGGCAGGCGGCCUCCUACUGCCUCUGCGUGGCUGUGAAGCGACAGGUGAUCAUCUACGAGAUCAACCGCAACAAGGGCCGCCACCGUCGUCUGCGCGAGAUCCUGCUGCCGGCGCAGCCGCAGUCGGUGGACGUGCUGGGGGAGGGCCGGCUGGCGGUCGGCUUUCCGUCCGGCUUCACCAUCUACAGCCUGACGGGCGACGCGCACCCGCAGUCGCUGGUCCACCCCGACAGCCAGACGCUCGAGUUCCUGGCGCACAACCCGGUGGACGCGCUCUGCUGCAUCCAGCUGCCCAGGGGCGAGUACCUGCUGGUGUUCUCCAGUCUGGCCGUGUACGUCGGCAAGGACGGCCGCAAGUCCCGCGAGCGCGAGAUCCUCUUCCCGGCAGUGCCCGUGGCUGUCGCGUACAGCGAGGGCCAGCUGCUGGUGUACAGCGACACGCAGCUGGACGUAUUCGAGGCGAGCUCGGGCGACUGGGUGCAGACGCUGAACGUGCGCCGCGCCCGGCCGCUGGGCCGCUCGGGCCGGCUCAGUCUGGCGUUCGUCUCCGAUCUGCCGCACGUCGUCUACCUGAGCCACAUGCACCGGCAGCCGCAGCUCAUCAACGUCGAGUCGAGCGGGCCCGGCCGGCCGGCCGGCCGCGUCAACCGGCGCCGCUUCUCCGUCCGCGAACACCCGCGCGCCGCCAGAACCGGUGGCCACGGCACGGCCGACCGCGACCGGCGCAGCAAGAUGAUAUCCCUGCCGUCCAACUUCAACCACGUGUCGCACAUGGGGCCUGGCGACGGCAUCCAGAUCCAGCGGCUGAUGGACCUGCCCACCACGCUGGAGACGGCCGACCAGGCGCCGGCGCCGGCCGCUCAGCCGCCGCCGGCCGCCGGCGCGCCGCCGCCGCAGCCGCAGCCGCAGGCCAUCCAGCGUGUGCGGAGCAUGUUCCAGCCGGCGGCGUCUGGCGGGAGGGGCGCCGAUCCGCCGCGCCGCUCGGUCAGCCACACGCCGGGCCACCCGGCGCCGCCGCUGAUCCAGCACCCGGCGCACCUGCACCAGCCCGGCGCCGGGCCGCAGAUCUACCAGAACGUGCAGAACGGGCGCCGGCCGGCGCCGCUGGGCCCGCCGCCGGCGCCGCCCGGCUCGCGGGUGCGCUCUCCGGACGGCGCCAGCAGCGGCAGCGGCUCGCUGGCCGAACAGGUGCUCAUGUCCGUGCAGCGGCACGACCGGACACAGGAGGGUCUGGACGACAGCCCGCGGCACAGCAUCGCGUCCAACAACUCGAGUAACCUGAGCUCACCGCCGAGCCCGGCUCGGGACCGGGGCUCGUCCAGCUACGAGAGCUAGAGGCGGCCGCGCGCGUCUCCGUCUCCGUCUCCGUCUCCGUCUCCCUCCCCCGCAAUAUGCCGCGCCCGGCUGGCUCGGUUAGUCGCUUGUACAAUCCUGGAUAGGUGAAUGAGCGGUGUGUGUGCGCGUGGGCCGCUCGGCCGGCGCGGGCUGGGGCGAGGGCGCUCCCCGCUGGCGGCCUCCGCUGUCGCUGCCGCUCUGCCGCUCUGCCGCUGCCGCUCCGCCGCUGGUCCGCUGAUGUGGCGCACACGGCGGGCGCCGGCCGCAUUACGUGUAUUAGACCGUGUAUAUAUGCCGACCUGUCUAGCGUUAUUGACAAUAAUAUAGGUAUUUAUUAUGUAUGUUGUUAAUUUUACUCGCGAAACGAGCGUCGACUUUCAGAGAUUCGUGAUCGUUUUUGGACGAGAGAUGGAAACGCGAAAUACGGUCAAUAAAUACGACUUUGAAUGCCUUUCUAA